UUGAAUACUCCUCAUCGUAUUUGUUUACUACCCUAUUUAAAAGCAACAAAAUUUCUCCUGACUGUUGAAAUUCAUGGGAAUCGAUGAAUAACGAAGUGCGCACCCCAACAAAAAUGAGUGUUAUGGCCUGAGAAUCCACCCAUUCUCCACCGGAGUGUAUGAAUCUUCGGCUUCAUUCCCAACUCUAUCUGUACCAGUCCGUCCAUGCCAAAGUAACAAACCAGAAAAUAGUGUAGAAAUGGCUAGAGAAACCCUAGCUUCAUCAUCUUCCUCCCAGACUGGUAGCGGGGACUCCUCUAUAAUUCCGCCACCUCCAGAAGAUGCUUGGAUAGAUACCUACCGAAAAUUGGGCCAUCGCUGGCAAUCUGUUACUCCACCUCAUCAGUCAGCUAUUCCAAUUGCCAUUUCUCGAGUAAAUCAAAUUGAUGCAGGCAGGCUGGACUUUGAAAUGUCAGCCAUGUUAAAGGAGCAGUUGGUGAAGGUUUUUUCUUUAAUGAAGCCAGGAAUGUUGUUUCAAUACGAGCCAGAACUUGAUGCGUUCCUCGAGUUUCUCAUUUGGCGUUUCUCUAUCUGGGCUGAUAAGCCUACUCCAGGAAAUGCUCUAAUGAAUUUGCGGUAUAGAGAUGAACGUGCUUUUGAGAUGCAAGGAAAAGUCCGAACAGGAUUAGAAGGACCCGGGCUUACUGUUGCACAGAAGAUCUGGUAUUGCAUUGCAACUGUUGGCGGUCAAUACUUCUGGGCCAGAUUACAAUCAUUUUCUGCUUUUCGUAGAUGGGGUGACUCUGAGCAGAGAUCUGUAGCACGCUGGAUAUGGUUGUUAAUACAACGUGUAGAAGGAAUUUAUAAGGCAGCAUCUUUCAGCAACCUCCUCCUAUUCCUUUGCACCGGAAGGUAUAGGAGUCUUAUUGAGAGAGCUUUAAGAGCAAGACUUGUUUAUGGAAGCCCCAAAAUGAAUCGUGCUGUAAGCUUUGAGUACAUGAACCAGCAGUUGGUUUGGCAUGAAUUGUCGGAAAUGCUGCUGUUGCUUCUUCCCCUUCUAAACUCAUCAUCCAUAAAAAAUAUCCUUCAUCCAUUCUCAAAGGGCAAAUCUUCAAAUUCUGCAACUGAUGAAGCCUUGUGCCCCAUAUGCCUCGCGACUCCCACACUUCCUUUUUUUGCCAUACCAUGUCAGCAUAGGUUUUGUUAUUACUGUCUUCAAACGCGGUGCUCUGCAGUUCAGUCAUACCGGUGCCCAAGGUGUGGUGAGCUGGUUGUAGCAAUGCAGCGACAUGGUGGUGGUGGUGGUGCACCUCCUCCUGCUACAUAAGUUUCAUGUAAAAGAUAACAACAAUGAUUUAUUUAGAUGAUGGGAAAAAUCCUUUCCAUUGUGCGAAAUCAUUUGUUUUUUUUUUCACCGAAGUGACUUCUCUAUACUGUCAUUUGGGCUGAAGGAACGUGAUUCUCUUUGGUGAUAGCAAGCAGGCAGGCUUUUCUUACUAACCUUGUGCAGUAGCAGCAGCUGUGAUUGGGGAUUUUAACGUGAUGGGAUAUUCUUUUCACUGUGCGCCUUUUACCGGCGGUUCCAAAUUUGGAAGUUUAUGGGAUAUUCUUAUUACCUGUUUCGUGUACGUCAGAAUUGAAUCUACAAAUGCUGUAGAUGAGAUAUUACAACUGUACCUAAAUCAAUCUCAAUAAAAUACCUCCCUUCCGCCCCAAUUUGAUCUCCCUAUAAAAUU